AAAGGUUGUGGUUCAAAUCCCAUCAUGACAACCUUUGGCAUUUUAUCUUAAUUAUCAGCUUUACAACUACUCACUACUUUUUAGCUACUUCGCAUUACUUAGCAUGUUAGCUAACCCCAACUUCCUAACCUCUAGGUUUUUUAUUUAACCUUUAUUUAAUUGAUAACGUUAGCGACCUAGCUAUACAAAAUSGAUGGAAAUCCACAAAUGAAUACAUACCAUAGGAAACGUAACAUAUCAUACUCAUUUUAAUAUUGAAGAUUUACAUUUACUAUGUUACUUCUAACCCUGAGUCCAGGUUGUAACAGUAGAUUGAGAAUGAAAGUGAAAGUGCCAAAGUAGAAGCUACACAUGUCAUGUGGAUGAAAGGUUUGCGGCGUUAACACAGACCACAACAAAAGGUCGGAGAUGCAUAUUAUUUUCCUGUGGCUCAGUUCAUCAUCAAAGAYACUUGAAAGUGAGUCCUUUAUUUAAACAUUGGAAUAGCAGGCUCCGGGGUCAUGCGGCUGCGUCUCCUUUCCCUCCUUCUUAUCGUCAAAGUGUGUCGACUCAAUACUGUCAGUCGAGACGUGUGCCCACCCCUGCCUCAGUGGAAGCUCACCAAGCCCCUGAACACGAGGGAUAGAUAUCAAGAAAACGAUUCUCUGCGCUACCAGUGUGUGGAUGGCUAUGUGAGGAAGGCYGGGACCUCCAAUCUCAUCAAGUGCAAACGGAUUGGUCAGGUUCUUCAGUGGAUACCCCCAACACUGAUAUGCAUACAGCCCCAACCUCCAGUCAGUAUCCAGUUGACGGUGAGCCUGAGAAGAGGUCUGCUACAGCCAUAUAUGCGGGUGUAGGUGGUGUGGUAGUAACCAUCUUGCUGGUUGCAGCGUUUGGAGUACUAAUGUUUUGGAGAAGGAAACGGCUGCAGCGGUUMGAUCUGUCGCCAACACCAGACGAAAUAGUGCAAAUGAAUGUUGUGACAUGAGCCACACUCCUUAGUGCCCUGACGGACAACCAGCAGCCACUUAGAAAAGACAAAAAGGUGCAUCAGUCUGAUGGUGGGGGAACAAUGACCUUGGAUUGGACAAGAAGUGGACCAAAAAUUACAAUGGCUUGGACCUCAGUGUCCUCGUGUGGAAAAUUAAAAUAACUAAAGCACCACCCAAAUUGAUUAAUUUAAGACAUAUUGAUUUAUUUCAUUGAUUAAUUAAUAUUCUUAAACUGGCAAAGAUUCUAACUAAUCACAACAGCCCAAAAUGCAUAGGAUUACCUUCUCACUGAAUUCACAAAGGUAUGUGAUAAACAUGCAACUUUGGAGAACAGUGAAAGUUAGGCCCGACUAACCGGUGCCUGUAUAUAGCCUCGUUAACUUGUUAUG